CCUACUAGCACUACUUGAGGGAAACCUAUUUGAGUUUCUACGACUGACAGGCUGGGGUGGAUCCAAGGUGCUUUAUUUUGGUGACCAUCUGUACAGUGACCUGGCAGACCUAAUGCUUCGACAUGGCUGGAGAACAGGAGCAAUCGUACCAGAAUUGGAUGCAGAAAUCAGUAUCAUUAACACUGAGCAGUUUACACAUGGGCUGACUUGGCUACAGGUCCUAACAGGACUUCUAGAGAGGCUGCAGGUAUAUCGGGAUGCUGAGUCUAAACAAGUGCUCAAUGAAUGGAUAAAGGAGAGACAAGAAUUAAUGUCUCUGACCAAGAAUUUAUUCAAUCCCCAGUUCGGGAGCAUCUUCAGGACCUAUCAUAACCCCACCUAUUUUUCGCGAAGGCUGUGCAGAUUCUCUGACAUCUACAUGUCAUCCAUCAGUUGUCUGUUAAACUAUGACACCAACUACACCUUCUAUCCAAGACGGACUCCUUUGCAACAUGAAGCGCCACUCUGGAUGGACCAGCUUUGUACCGGCUGCAUGAAGACCCCUUUCCUGGAAGAGAUGGUCCAUAUGCGAUAAACUCCAUUUUAAUUUCACUGCAGAUUUGUUUUAAUGGCGUAUUUCAUCUGAGAAAAGGUUACCUAAAGGUUGUAAACAAUGUGGCCUAUUCUUAUUUGAAAAGUUGUGAAUUGAGCAUUUGAAUAGAAAAUGAUAGUGGUAAUUGAAAUGAUCAUAGUGAAGUAGAGUGGCUAUGUUGCUAAUCCUUCAUAAACCAGCCCUAUUCCACUACAACUCUCUUUCAGUUGUGGUUUCUCUCCCUUUUUUGUUUUUCGGAAGUUCAAGUCUGCUGCAAAGGUUUUCUUAUGUCACUGAAAAUGUGUAAGAUCUGGAUGGAUGGCCGUCAUUGAUCAGUGACCAGUCACUACUUUCAUCAAUUUGCAGAUAGUUGUCCUUACAAAUUUUAAAUAUUUAUUUCUGGCCAUAUGAUUUGAAUUUUUAGUGAAACUGUAGAAUCACAUUUCAGGCUGUUGGUUUUUGGGGCCUCUAACCCCUUUUAAAUGAGAAAUCUAAAGGUGCAUAUUAGAGGUGGAAUUCUGUUUAACAUGCAUGUGCAGUAUGACUCAUGGAAUUCGUUUUGAUACGUUUUUCAUGUUGGACUUGUUAAAGGGAAGAAUUAUUAAUAGUUGUAUUUAUAGAUAUUCCACACUAGUAUUUUCAUUUGAGGCCAGCUUAAAAGCAUUUGAAAACGCAUAAAGACAGGCUGUUUGAAGUUAAAAUCAAUGUGCUUAUGCACUGGUUCUUUAGGUGCUUUUGAAAGGUGUUUUCUACCAUGUGAUCUAGACCAGAUUACAAGCUUCUAAUGUCCACAAGGUACAGUAAUUGAAGGUAUUCAAAUCCGCAAAGUUAGUUCUUCUCAAGGCUUUCUUAAGCUUUUCUGAAACUCAUUUGCUCCCCAAAACCACUAAAUAUGUAAUCACUCUCAUGUGAUCUUAUCUCCAAUUCUGACACUGGACCAAAUUUGUUUUAGCAUGCUGCAAUAUUCUGAGGGCCAUCGUGAGAGAGAAAUGCAAAUGCUUAUUUAAAUUAUGUCCAUUAAUUAGUAUUACAUUGGAAUUAUAAUUUUAAGGGUUCACCAGAGUUUUAGUAUUCAAAGAUGCUUAAGACCAAUUUCAUGCACGGACAAUAUAUACAGACAUUGUAUUCCUUGUGAACUAACAGGUUAGCCUGACUCUCUGGGACAAGUUUGGAACAGGACAGCAUGGACUUAUUCUGGACACAGUCAUAAAACCAUCACAGUGAAGAAAGACUUGAAAGGGAACAAAGAAUGAUGCUUUUACCAGUUUACAUAUAUUUUACAAUGUGACAAAAAUAAUAAAGAAAACUUUAAGUGAAGAUAUUACUGGCAUUUAAUCAUGGUUACAAAGAAUUUGCAUUUUUUUAUUGUAGUAAGAUAACCUGAAGCACUUGCCUUUUUUUUUUGGAGGUUAGAGUUGAGUAAGUUGGUUGAAGGGAUAGUGAAAAGCUUAAAAAAAGUUGUAGCUAGGCAGAUAAGCUUUGGAAGGAUUUAGAGAGAUUCGAUAACUGAAGGCUGUGCCUCCAGUGUGACAGCAAAAGGUUGUCAUGAGGUAUGGGAUGAAUAGCCAGCACACUAGUUGGCAAUACAGAAAUGCAAACUGUGGUUCAGUAAGAAGGCUGGAUGUUAGAUGUAAGGUUAGAUGCAAAGUGCUGCCACUAGUAAACUGAUUUAAGCUUCUACUGGCACGCUUAUCUACAUCGAUAGGUCAUUUUAUUGAGUCUUGAAUAAAUUUGUUACAGAAAUAUUGAAAAUCAAAAAAGUUUUUGUUCCAUUAUUGGUAGUGCAUCUAUGGUGCCGUUGCUCUGGGAUGUGCAGCCCAUGUUGGUAUUUUGCUGCUAAGCUGGCCUGUUCCUUUGGGCAUGUCGUUCAGGUACCCUGUGCAGGAAUCCAGGUUACUGCUUAUUUACAGGACAGUAAAUAGUUUAGAAAUGAAGAGAAAUACUGCUGAUGCUCUAAAUUCCUUGAUUUUAAACUCUGGGUGAAAAGAACCCACUAAGAAAACUUGUUUUCUUCUUUUGUUUUGUUAAUUUAUUUUGAAUAACCAGCUGUGAUCCCUGGAAUGAGACGUGCAUGCACUAAUUGCAUUGAGUUAAAGUUCCAAUCUGCCGAACAAGCUUGAUGUAGUAAUUGAUUUUUGAA